CCUCACGGAGUCGCGCCCGCGCGGUUCGAGCGCGGCCAUGGCGGAGCCGGGGAUGGAGCCGGAGCCGGAGCGGGGCCCGGAGGCGGUGACGGCCGAGGCGGUGCUGAGGGAGCUGCGGCUCUUCGAGCUGCGCUGCGAGGGCGAGGAAGUGCCCGACAAGCUGGUGGAGCUGUGCCUGAGCCACGGGCUGGGCCCGGUGGCCUUGGCCAACGAGCUGCUGGCCUUCGUCACCAGCAAAGACCUCGACCUGCAGCUCACCCCCGCGGGCCUGGACGCCUUCGAGCACGAGGUGCUGGCCAGGCGCGGCAGCCGCGGCCGGCGCGGGAGGGACGAGCGCCGGGGGCUCCUCCACGACAUCCACUCGCUCCAGGAGCUCCUCAACGAGGAACAGGAGGACGAGCUGCUGGACGCCUACACCACCCCAUCCAAGGGCUCCCAGAAACGCAGCAGCUCCACGCCCGAGACGCCCCGGCCCAAGCGGGCGCCGUCGUCCUGCAGCCCCUUCGGGCUCUUCUCCCCCGGCAGCUUCUCCCCAAGUGUCACCCCCUCCCAGAAAUACUCCUCCCGGGGGGGCCGGGGCGAGGUCGUGGCCUCCCUUGGCUCGGUGCCGGGCCUGGCCUGGAGCGGCCGCGGCGGCUGCGCCGUCAGAACCUUCGGCUGCCCCGAGCAGAGCCUCAGCAAGGCCUACAGGUUCAUGUUCCAGAAGGCGCUGGACGUGCGGGAAGCGCUGGCCGAGCGGGUGGAGGAGCUCGGGGAGGUCCUGCGGAGGCACCACGGCCUGGAGGGCUUCAGCUCCGCUGUGCUCCCGGCUCAGGAGCCGGUGACGGUGCUGGGCCAGAUCAGCUGCGACGGCAACGGGAAGCUCAACCCCAAAUCCGUGCUGCUGGUGGGGGACAGGGAGCACUCGGGGGGGGCCCAGGUCCCCCUGGACCUCUCAGAGCUUCCAGAAUAUUCCCUGUUCCCAGGACAGGUGGUGGCACUGCAAGGCACCAACAGCACGGGCAGGAGGAUGGUGGUGACCAAGCUCUACGAGGGGGUCCCUCUGCCCUUCCACACCCCCACGGAGCCCAUGGCAGAGCAGAGGAUGGUGCUGCUGGCCUGUGGCCCCUUCACGCCCUCGGACAGCGUCGCCUUCGAGCCCCUCAGUGACCUCCUGCAGGUGGUGGCCCGUGACCGUCCUGAUGUUUGUGUCCUGUUUGGGCCCUUCCUGGACGCCAAACACGAGCAGGUGGAGAGCUGCCAGCUCCUGAGCCCCUUCUCCGACGUGUUCCGCCUCUGCCUCAGGACCAUCGUCGAGGGCACCCGGAGUGCUGGCUCCCAGCUGGUGCUGGUGCCCUCGCUCCGCGACGUCUGCCACGACUUCGUGUACCCGCAGCCGCCCUUCCCCUUCCCCGACCUGCCCAAGGAGGACAGAGCGCGUGUGCUCCUGGUGCCCGAGCCCUGCACCCUGGACAUCGACGGCGUCGUCUUGGGCCUCACCUCCACCGACCUCCUCUUCCACAUGGGGGCUGAGGAGAUCAGCAGCUCCUCGGGGGUCUCCGAUCGCUUCACGCGGAUCCUGCGGCACGUCCUGACCCAGCGCAGUUUCUACCCCCUGUACCCCCCCUCCGAGGAGCUGAACGUGCACCUUGAGGCGCUGGCGGCGUUCGCGGCGCUGCCGGUGACCCCGGACGUGCUGGUGACCCCGUCUGAGCUGCGCUUCUUCGUCAAGGACGUCCUGGGCUGUGUCUGCAUCAACCCCGGGCGUCUGACCAAGGGCCAGGCCGGGGGCACCUACGGGCGGCUGCUGCUGCGCCGGGAGCGGCGCGGGGACAGAGCUGGGGACAGGGCUGGGGACAGAGCCGGGGACAGGGCUGGGGACAGGGCUGGGGACAGAGCUGGGGACAGAGCUGGGGACAGGGCUGGGGACAGGGCUGGGGACAGAGCUGGGGACAGAGCUGGGGACAGGGCUGGGGACAGAGCUGGGGACAGAGCUGGGGACAGGGCUGGGGACAGGGCUGGGGACAGGGCUGGGGACAGGGCUGGGGACAGAGCUGGGGACAAUCCUGCAGAGAGUCCCGGGGACAGCUCUGGGGACAUUCCCGGGGACGCCCCCCGGAGCAGCCCCUGCGUGGCCGCCGAGGUCGUGAGGAUCUGAGCCCGGGGCUCUGCCCCUUGCCCAGCCCCGGCUGCAGGAACGGGGCUGAAACUCCUGGAAUUGGGGCUAAAACUCCUGGGAUUGGGUUCAGACUCCUGGGAUUGGGGCUGAAACUCCUGGAAUUGGGCUAAAACUCCUGGGAUUGGGGCUAAAACUCCUGGGAUUGGGGUUAAAACUCCUGGGAUUGGGCUGAAAUUCCCGGGAUUGGGGUUAAAACUCCUGGAAUUCCUGUUAAAACUCCUGGAUUUGGGCUAAGACUCCUGGAAUUCCGGUUAAAAACCCCAAAUCACUCUGCAGGUGGAGGAUUUCCCCAGGAGGAUUCAGGAAUUUGGGAAGGGGAAUGCGGGUGUGGGAUCCUCCCUGUCCUGGGGUCACCCCUCGCCUUCGGUGGCCUCGUUAGGGGACUUGGAGUUUAAUUAGUCCAGAACCAAUUAAUUACUGAUUCCUGGUGCUGCUGCUGGCCAGGAAAAAACAGCUCCGGGUCUGGCUCUGACCCUUUUCCCAAACUUUUUGCCCAAAAUUUUCAAUGAUGGUGAAAAUUAAUUAAAGUUUCUGCCUGUC